GGGUGCAGCGACAGAGCGCGGGGCCCCGACGACCCCGCCCCGCGCCGCGUCACUCGGCGCCCUGCGGCGCGCUGUGAGCACCUACCACUAGCGGAGCUGCGAGGGAGAGGCCGCGGCCCCUUCCAGUUGCCGGCGGCCCUGCGCCGGCAUUCAGAGCGCCUCGCCUGGCGCUAAAUUUAAACACGUAACACCAGCAGCAGGCUGGUCCCGGAAACGAAACGAAACUCGGCCCCCGGGCCUCCUCCCGGGCGCUGCCGGUCCCUCAGCGCGCCGCGCCACCCGGAACAGACCCUUCUCCCGCCAUUUUCGGCGGGGCUGGGAGACUGAGGCCCGCAGCGCUGGGCCUGCGGCGCCCCGGAAGAGGCGGGCGGCAUGGCCGCCGGCGUGGACUGCGGGGACGGGGUUGGCGCCCGGCAGCACGUGUUCCUGGUUCCAGAAUAUUUAAAAGAUGCUUCAAAGAAGAUGAAAAGUGGGCUAAUGUUUGUAAAACUGGUUAACCCGUGUUCAGGAGAAGGAGCCAUUUACUUGUUCAAUAUGUGUCUACAGCAGCUGUUUGAAGUAAAAGUUUUCAAGGAAAAACACCAUUCUUGGUUUAUAAAUCAGUCAGUUCAAUCAGGAGGUCUUCUCCACUUCGCCACACCUGUGGAUCCUCUAUUUCUGCUUCUCCACUACCUCAUAAAGGCUGAUAAGGAGGGGAAGUUUCAGCCCCUUGAUCAAGUUGUGGUGGAUAACAUGUUUCCAAAUUGCAUCUUGUUGCUGAAACUUCCUGGACUUGAGAAGUUACUUCACCAUGUGACGGAGGAAAAAGGUAAUCCAGAAAUAGACAACAAGAAAUAUUACAAGUACAGCAAAGAGAAGACAUUAAAGUGGCUGGGAAAAAAGGUUAACCAAACUACAGCAGCAUUAAAAACCAAUAAUGUGAAUGUCAGUUGCCGGGUACAGUCAACUGCAUUUUUCUCUGGUGACCAAGUUUCCACUGACAAAGAAGAGGAUUAUAUUCGUUAUGCCCAUGGUCUGAUAUCUGAUUACAUCCCUAAAGAAUUAAGUGAUGACUUAUCUAAAUACUUAAAGCUUCCAGAACCUUCAGCCUCGUUGCCAAAUCCUCCAUCAAAGAAAAUAAAGUUAUCAGAUGAGCCUGUAGAAGCAAAAGAAGAUUACACUAAGUUUAAUACUAAAGAUUUGAAGACUGAAAAGAAAAAUAGCAAAAUGACUGCAGCUCAGAAGGCUUUGGCUAAAGUUGACAAGAGUGGAAUGAAAAGUAUUGAUACCUUUUUUGUUGUAAAAAAUAAAAAAACAAUUGGAAAGGUUUGAAACUUUGAUAAUAAAAUCUAGCAAAAAUAUUUGCUUUUUACAUGUUUCAAUUUGUGCUUCCUGACCAUUAAUGACUACCUUUGAUGGGGGGAAGGAAGAGGCCAAUUUCAUGUUCUCUUAAACAUUUCUUUGCAUUUGGUUUUUGUGUUCCUGAACGAAAUAUGGGAAAGUGAUUGUGUAACUUCAUGGCUAUGGCCUUUUGGAGUCUCAUCUGACAUAAUGAAAAGUAAUCACGUGAAGAGAAUUAACAUAUAGCAUCAGGAUUUUCUCAAUAAACUGAUCUGUGACAAU